AUGAGGUGCCUCCUGCUCGCCGUCAGCGUCGCCCUCGUGUGCGGCACCCAGGACGUGGCCGUCCCCCGGCCCAUGGAGAGCCUGGAUGCCCCGAAGGUGGCCGGGACCUGGUACACCGUGGCCAUGGCGGCCAGCAACCCCGCCCUGCUGAGCGCCCCCCUGAGGCUGUACGUCCAGGAGCUGAAGCCCACGGCCCAGGGCGACCUGGAGAUCAUGGUCCGCGGACGGCAGGGCGCCCGGUGGUGCGUUGAGAAGAAGAUCUUGGCGGAGAGAACGGAGAGCGCCGGGGAGUUCAACAUCAACUACCCCGUGGUGGACAGGCUGGUGGUGCUGGACACCGACUACGAGAACUUCCUGUUUGCCUGCCUGGAGAGCUCGGCCGCGCCCGAGCAGAUCCGGGCCUGCCAGUACCUGGCCAGGACCCCCAAGGUGGACCGGGUGGCCAUGGAGCAGUUCGAACAGGCCCUGAAGCUGCUGUCCGUGCACAUCCACAUCAUCCUCACCCCCAAACAGGCGCAAGAGAGGUGCCGUGUCUGA